AAUCCAUGAAACAAUAUGAUCUAGUUGCGUGGUCGUUUUUCAAGUUGACAGAAAAUAGUAAUUUCUGGUUUUUGAAGUGCCCGCCACUUCCUCCCUUGUCAAGGCUAAUCAGUUUGAUUAGACACACUUCCUGCGCUGAGGAAUGCAAUUUGUAACUUUUCGUACGCGACUUGCAGUUGUUACGACAUACAAUCACUUUCACCCUGUUAGACGAAAAUUCUUUCUUUUUAAUUUGCUUAGAAGUUUUGAAAUGAGCAGCUGGACUUGUUGAACGUCCGUUUAGAGGCACGAAAUUAGGAUACAGCUUUAGAUUGGAGAAAAAGUGAAGGUUGUUACAGAGCUAAGAAUAGGUUUAGGUCUACUUUACACUUUUACCGCAAGCCGGCUCCGAAAAUCAGGUGACAGCACAUAUUCUUCAAAAGUGUGUUUUAUUGCUUACAACCCACACGUCUCCGUUUGUUUGCAUUGUUCUCUCGCAAUAUUCAAAUCAAUUUAACCCUGUUAUCACCCCUACACAAACUGCCUUUUAUAAAGCAAUGUUGCAGGCGUUCGACUUGCUACCGUACAAGCAUAGUGUUGGUAAAUCAAGGAAUAAUCCAUAUCAUUAAAAAUCUUUUUCGGUCCCUUUAACAUGUAUUUCUUUGCCGAGAAAAUUAAACAAUCAAGGCUUACGUUCAUUGACAUAGUAAGGUAAACAGACGUAUUUUGCGCCCUUGAAACGUACGUUCGCAAUAAUUACUUGUAGUGUUAGUUGUUCCGCUUUCGAUUCGCUCUAUUUUUUUUUCCAUGUCUCGGGAUGACCCAGCUUUUGCUUUGUUUGUUUCUUCAAAACUCUGCCAAAGAUUGAAUUAAGUUUCCCGGUUCAACACGUCGCUUACCUAUUAGAAAAUGAAUUUGUAAAUCCUAUUAGGUAAACUAUUCAAUUUAUAAUGAAAAAUCUUACGCUAGUUUAAUUAAAUCAGUGUCGCGAAAAAUUUCUCAUGCGCACGACCAAAACCAAAUACGAUAUCGGCACUGAUCAUGAUAGAGCAGCUUGCGGUCCAGUGACACAUUCUUAUGGUUUGGGCUUGAAAAGUCUCGCCUUAUAUUCUCGCUGACAAGCAGUUAAACGGCGCUUCCAAGUGAAACGAAAUCAAGUUCAAUAGCUGCUGAUUUGUGGACUAUUUCGCAAUGACCGAGAUUAUAGACCUUGAAAACAUUUCAGAAGAACUGGACUACGACAGUGUCUACGGCAAAGCUGAUAACAACAAUCAGAGAGUCGACGUUGAAGCCCCAACAGACUCCAUGUCAGAUGUGAAAAAAGGGCAGCAGCCAAGACUGAUUACAAUCAAGUCGUACACUGAAAUAUGUAUAGAGGCUGGAGAAUCCACGGAAGAAUCUUCCCCUAAAGUUAAACCAAAGUUUAAAACGGAAACCAAGUUUAAAGAUUCCGAAAGAACGAGUAGACUAACAGAAGCAGACGCGGCGCCCGAGUCAAAACGAAAGUUCUCGGGACCGAAGAUGAAAUUUCCCAAAAGCAAAGAUAAAGUAAACGUUUGGAGCAAACAAAAGAAGGAGAAAGCGAAGAACAAAGAACAAGCACCUUGUUGGUUGGUCGUGUUUGUGUUCUGUUGUGGUGUCAGCAAAGAACAUCAGUGGUAUAGCUUACUAGGAAAAGGUGUAUUUCUGACGUUCUUCAUGUUCAUCGUAUACCUUGUGGCAAGUUUAACGGUUCUUCCUUUCCUCAUAAUCGCCUCCGUGGUCGGCGCCGUUUUCCUCAGCGCGGGUGUCGUGUCGUACCUAGCUCUCUCCUCCAAGAAAGUUGGCGUUUCAUUUGACGACGACGGUGACGGCUCGUGUCUCGGGGCAGUAUGGGGGUCCUGGGUAUAGUGCAACUGCUGACUACCGUCUAGUUGUGUCUGAAGACUCGUUUGCGUUGCUCCAUUCCAGACUCCACUCUAAAUAGGCCAUUUCCGAGUUGCAAGAAAAUGAACAUGUAGGCGGAACAGAUUUCCACAUAAAUGGUUUCCUACGAAGGCAACUCGGAAGUGCACUAUUUGUUUGGCCUGGACACCAGUAAGAAAAAGGAGUUAAACUGAGUAUAUAGUUUUGGUACGUUAAAAUAUCUAACGAGGGUCUUUACCCGGGGCCCAUUUUCUUCAGAAUUCAGAUGUGGACAAGAGCCAUAUCAGCCAUGCUGAUAUUGAGUCAUUUAUGUGAACGGUGUAAGAAAGAGAUAGAAAAGUCAGAAGUCUCGAAAGUUUAGGAUGGAUAUUGAACAAGAUAAUCGUUAUGAAAAUACUGUUCUGAAAUUAAGUUUGUAUAUAUUAUUUGUCAUUAUUUACUUAACAAGUUUAAGAAACUCGAACCCAUAACUUUUAACGCUGAAAGACUGUAAGAUUGAUGACGUACUGAAGACUUUAAUGCAUGAUGAGGAGGAGACGGCACUUUAACUUUUCGAGCUCAAAAUGGUCGUGGACUUUUGCCGAUAUGUAAGACUAAGGGUUAAUGACCAAACAA